ACUUGGGUUUAGAUUUUAAAUGUCUAGAGGGAGUUCGAGAUUGAAAAGUCCAAUCAAACCUCCUAUAAUUCUCUUCAACUGCUCUCUCUUCAUUUCCAAUCCUUUAUCCCUUCUUCUUCUUCAUCUUCUCUUCCUCAAGAAAGUGUUCACUGAACAUAAGGAUCGACAACAACAUGGAUCGAGAGCAAGGAGAGAUGCAGUUCCUCGGCCUCUUCGGCAUCUACAAAGAGUCCUACAGAGUCAUAUUCUCAUGGAGGAAAAUCUUCAGCCAAAUUACCUUGGCCUUGAUCCUCCCUCUCUCAUUCGUCUUCCUCCUGCACAUCCAAGUCUCCGACGUCCUCUUCUCGAAGAUCGUCCACAACAAGAUCGAGCUCGACGAGACCCGCCCUGAGACCGACCGCUACAACAAGAUCUCUGAUGUUCUCUCCAAGGAGUGGGCCGUCUACUUGAUCAUCAAGACCUUCUACUUCACUGUCCUGCUUGUGUUCUCCCUCCUCUCGACCUCGGCCAUUGUCUACACCAUCGCCUGCAUCUACACUGGCCGCGAGGUCGCGUUCGGGAAGGCCAUGAGCGUGGUCCCCAGGGUCUGGAGGCGAUUGAUGGUCACCUUCUUGUGCGUCUUCAUGGCCAUAUUCGUGUACAUCGUGGUCACUGUGCUGAUCCUUUUCACGUGGGCACUCCUGAUCGGCAGCACAAAUUUAGGCCUCGUGAUCUUGGCUGUCCUAGGGAUCGCUUACUUGGUCGGGUUCGUGUACAUCACGCUAGUGUGGCAACUGGCGGGUGUGGUCUCCGUUUUGGAGGAAGAUUACGGGGUCAAAGCCAUGAUCAAGAGCAAGUGCCUGAUAAAGGGCAAGAUGGGCGUGUCCAUGCUCAUAUUCGUCCCGCUCAACAUAUCUGGUUAUCUAAUUCAGUUCGCGUUUGAGAGGUUGGUCGUUCAUGGGCGCUCAACAGAGACGGUAGGUAGGUUUGGCUAUGGAGCGUUGUGUUUCUUGCUUCUUUCCAUGCUGAUGCUAUUGGGGCACGUCGUCCAAACGGUGAUCUACUUCGUCUGCAAGUCGUACCACCACGAGAGCAUCGACAAAUCGGCGCUGUCGGAUCAUCUCGAAGUCUAUCACGGAGAGUAUGUUCGUCUCAAAUCCAAGGAUGUUCUACUUGAGCAAUUCGACGUUUAACUCUUUGCUGUGUUUUGUGCACUAUAAAAAUGUCGUCUAUCUUUUUAUUUUGGGAAAUUGCUAAGCUAGCUAUAAGUUCUUAAUUUCAUAUAAAUAUGCGAUAAACAAGCCUGUAUUUUUGUGCCUAGCGCUUGACAUGCGGCGGAUUUGAGCUAAUACGUCUUUCCCGAGGUGUGU